AUGCCGUUCAUCGAGCUUGGAGACUCUAUACCUCCCAACACGGCCCAUGCCGUGAGCGUCUCGCUCCCGACAUGGAAGUCCAACGUGGGCUACGAAGAGGGCGAGAGCUGGGUGGUCGACAACAUGACCACGGGGUAUCCGCGCUUCUUCAUCCACCGGAGCAUACAAGCCUUCGCCACUGAUAUUGUCGCCAAGCACGGCCGCACUGGCUUGACCGCCGUGCUCUUCCCCAGCCGGAGGGCCGCACAGCGGUGCGUGGCAUUCAUCCGUGACAAGGCCCCGCCGUCUGUCCACGCCGACCUCACCUUGCUGCAUCUGGUCCUGGACCCGGCGAGGAAGACUCCAGACACUCUGCACUCGACCACGCUCGCCAUCUCGGCCGUGCUCUGCUCCCAGGAUGCCUUCCCCUUUGCAAAGCAGUACUGGCAGCACUCGGGCGACGGUGUUUCCAGCCGCCGCGCCGAGUUCUGCCACGGCUUGUUCCGAGACGGCAUGCUGGUGCUAGAAAACCGGACCCCUUCGCCGCCCCUCUCUCAGCAGCGGAAGGUUCACCGUGGCCCAAGGAGAUAUCAACGCGGCUCAUCCAUCGACGGUAUAAACGGUUUCAACGGAGCCCAUCACGCUACUACUACGCCAGACGCCGCGACAGACGAAAAUGCCGACAGCAUCGAAAGCACGAGGUUCCUGGAGGAGCGCUUCGGCCGGAAUCUCGACGUUUCCCUCGUCGACAACGCCAAAUCCGCCAUCAAACGUCGCAUCGCCGGCGUUCUCACCUCCGAUCUGGACCUGAGCACCAAGUCCCUACCCACUAUGGAUUCCAAUGCUAGAGGAGUCUCGAAUUUGAAGGAGGAUGAUAUCUAUCUCGUGCCUUGUGGCAUGAAUGCCAUCUUCACCACGCACCAGGCCAUGCUCCACAUACAUGCAAGCGAGCCGAGAGAGAGUAUCAACUUUGGCUUCCCCUAUGUCGAUACGCUCAAGAUCCUGCAGAAGUUUGGGCCAGGCGCCGUCUUUUACGGCCGCGGCAACGCUGCCGACCUGGAUGACCUGGAGCAUCGUCUGAAGAACGGCCAGAAAUUUCAGGCCCUCUUCUGUGAGUUUCCCGGUAACCCUCUCCUGAGUUGUCCCGACCUGGCGCGUAUCCGUCAACUGGCCGACGCCUAUGGCUUUGCCGUCGUUGUGGACGAGACGGUUGGCAACUUCAUCAACGUCAACGUGCUACCCUUCGCCGACGUCGUGGUAAGCAGCCUCACCAAGAUCUUUUCUGGCGACUGCAACGUCAUGGGUGGGAGUAUCGUGUUGAACCCCGGCGGCCAGUACUACCAGUCGCUCAAGUCUGCCCUGGCCGAGGUGUUUGAGGACACGUACUGGGUCGAGGAUGUCAUGUUCAUGGAGCGGAACAGCCGUGACUUCAAGACGCGCAUCGACAGGGUCAACGCCAACGCCGAGACCAUCUGCGAGGUGCUCGACGCCCAUCCGCUGGUGACCAAGGUCUAUUACCCGAAAUACAACGACUCGCGGCCCAACUACGAGGCUUGCAGGCUACCGGGCGGGGGGUACGGUGGUCUACUGUCGUGUACACUGCAGACCAAGGCCCAGACCAUUGCCUUCUACGAUGCCCUCGAGACGGCCAAGGGGCCGAGUCUGGGCACCAACUUCACCCUGACAUCGCCUUAUGUCAUCCUGGCCCACUACCAGGAGCUGGACUGGGCGGCAAGUCUCGGCGUCGAACCGAACCUGCUCAGGAUUAGCGUGGGCCUCGAAGAAAAUCUGAGAGGCGUGUUUACAAGAGCGCUUGAGGCGGCCGGAGCGUGUGAAGCCUAG